AUGAAUAUGUUGGAUGAUGAAGAUGACCAAAGCUUUCACGCUACGCGUGACGGCUACUCCCAUUUGAGCGAUGUCGAAUGGGAUGCGGUUGAACGGAUGGGUUCAACCAUGGGCAUCCAUGCUGUUAGCGUCAUGCUAGAGGCUCUCAAUAGAGAUGCCCAACAUGCUACUAUCGCCAAGUUCAUUCGAAAUGAACUUGACGCUGAACGCGAUAAUAUAGUCUUGCUUCACCAACAAGGUUCUCAACAAUCAGAGUUGUUGAGAGAAGAGAGUGUUCAACAGUUUGAACUGUUGAGAGAAGGGAGUGUUCAACAGUUUGAACUGUUGAGACAGCAACAGGCUGCUGCUGGUGGGUCGAUGCACUCGCGUCGACCCGAGACUUUGAAGAUUGACAUCUCCAAGUAUAAGGGAGUCGAGAGGACUCCCUCCUGA